UGGCUGUCCGAGAGAUUAAGAACUAGAGCAGUCGGUGCAGUGCUGCGGUCGUCUUGCUCAGUGGCAUGUUGUUUCGCGUCGUCAUGCUGAAAUGCCUCUUCAAUUUACACGCCCGCUGUCGUUAGCUUGCGUAAUGGCUCAUAUUACGCGAGCAGAACCCGGGAUUCGAAGCCAGCUUCGCUGAUCAUCUUGUUUGUUGCGGCAUAAAAGCGUGCACGUCGACGUCUGUGACUGUUGAAGGCCUUUGCAUAAAAACUUCGCGACUUCGAAGCAAGCCACAUGAGCUGUGGUUUCAGUUUUACCGCGACGGUGUUAUUAAGAGAACUUCAGAUAUACGAUGACGAGCUAGAAGACUUUGUGGACCUUGAGCCGGGCACGCCUGUUCAUAACAAGGCAAAAAUCAAGCUCGCAAGGAAGUUGGUUCGAAAAGCAGAUGAAGGGGAAAAUGAAGAGUCUGCUCAAGUCAACGGUGGCUCCCCUGAGAAGGAAAAUGAAGUAGAAGUGGGCGAGGACGGCACAGAGAAGAACAUCCACGCAGUAACAGACGUCAUCAAGGCUGCCAAAGCCGAACAGCGUCUGCAGCAGCUGAAGCAUCGAAAGCAGGGGUCGCCUCCGGAUGACACCAUUGAGAAGGACCUGGACUGCCCUGUCUGCGGCAAGCAAUUCACCAAAAACUACUACUUGCAGCGGCACCUCCAAAUGACCGCCUGCUCGAGCGAGCCCCCGCCCUCUCAACUCUGCGAAUUGUGCGGAAAGGUCUACUCCCGCAAGGACAAUCUUCAGGAGCACCUGCGGGCACAUGGCGGUGAGGUGACGCGGUGGAAGAAGUACAUGUGCGACCACUGCGGCAAACCCUUCUACAGUAUCUCGCUGCUCAAGAUCCACAUCCGCGUGCACACCGGCGAGCGGCCAUUCCCCUGUGACUUCUGCAACAAGGGUUUCUCGUCGGUCUCGGCGCUCAACAAGCACCGGCGCAUCCACACGGGAAUCCGGCCACAUAAGUGUCCGCACUGCGGCAAGGAGUUCAUUCAGGCUGCGGGACUCAAGGCGCACCUGUUCCAUCACACGGGCAUGAACGGCUUCAAGUGCACCGUCUGUGACAAGGUUUUUAACCGCAAGACUCGGCUAGACCUGCACAUGAAGUACCUGCACCUAAAGGAAAAGCCGCACGUCUGCGAGGACUGUGGCAAGGGUUUCACGCGGCGCGACGACCUGAACCGUCACUCAGUCCUGCACACGGGUGAGAAGCCGUUCCAGUGCCCGACGUGCCACAAGCGCUUUGCCUUCAAGCCCUCGCUCAAGACCCACAUGGUGACCCACACCAAGGAAGAGCCCCAGUCGUGCCAUGAGUGCGGCCGCGCCUUCAUUCGCAAGGAUUGCCUCAUGCGACACAUGCGCAAGCGCCACCGUGACCUGCUCGACGAGGAGGAUGACCGCUUCGCCCCGACUCCCGUCGCCACUCCGGGAGGCACGGCCAACACGGAUAGCGGCAUCAAGCUGGGCCCCCAGGCAGGCACUGUGGCCCGGAUCCUGUCGGAACAGGUUCUUUGCGAGAGCAUCCGUGAGCUGCUGGGCCUGCUCAUUGAUGAGCCAACGUUGAAGGGCUUUGGAUACCCGGACAAGCCCGUGGACGAACUGCUCGAAGCGGUCAUCCGUCGCUGCGGCCACAGCCCGGCUAGUCCCGACAAAUACAACUACAUGGAUCGGCUGCGUGAGAACUCCAAGCUGCUCUUCACAGGGGUCAUCAACGACAAUGCUGUCAAGACUCUGCUCAAUAACCAGACUGUCGACGAGGUCAUUCUACACGUGUUGCGUCUCGCAAAGUCCUAGCUUCUCAUUGUCAUCUUUCCCACCCUCUCGUUUCGAUUAACUGAGGGUGCAGAGAAGCAAACAGAUUGUUUUCUAAUUGUAAUAGGAUGGCACUCACAUGGGUUGUGCGGGCUUAGCUUGUUUGAUUUCCACGUGCUGUCAUAACAAAAGGGACCACAAUAUGUUAGUGCUGUGCGACUUUUAACUAUUUAGCUAACUCCUACUGCAGACAGUAGCAGUCAGUUAAGUACGCCCUUGCUAGUGAAAGCCCUUGGAACUUGGAAAAGCGUAAUGUCAGCGGUCUUGUUACGCAUUGUUGCAAACACAUUUCAUGGUUCCGAAGAUUUUUAAGGGACUGCGCACUUGUAGCUAAACAGAACGGCUUUUCCUGCUUUCACAUAAAUAUGCAUGACCAGUGCUGUCAGUGCUGCGGACUGCAUUCGCUCUAGCCGUAAACACGUAUUAUGCCUGUUUAUUGGCUCAGUAAAUGACAAUAGUUCUUGAAGCAAGAAAAAAGAAAAAGACAGAUAAAAAACAGGAGCAAUGCUUGGUAACAGGUUGGGCCUGGCAUUAGCUUUUUUUUUUCUGAACUGGAAAGUGGCAGUUUCUGGCUGCUGGCAUAACUAACUUGGCGAGUGCCCAUAAGGUCAUGAAGUCACAAGAAAGCCGUUGGCAGAAGGUAAACAUUGAUGUCAAGUUGAACAGAAGGCUCAUAGCGCACACUACGGUGCCACAAAGCACAUUUGCUUCUUUGCACCCUCACUUAACCUCUCCUGUGCUUUGUACACCAUGUAUUCUUUGUCUUCACUCUGCAUCAUUCUUUGUUACUGCAUUGCACAAUGCCCAUGCUUAGCUGGGCAUGAACAGAGCAGCAGGCAGUUGGAAAUGUGCUGGGUUUUGUCGUGAGUCCUGUAGGUGCGUUUGUGUAUUCCAUGGGGAGGGAGAAUCCAGUCUAACAACAUGAAGAUUAUCACGAUGAUGGGCACGCACAAUCUACACCAGCCUGGUAGCCCAAAUCGUACGAAAAAACUUAAAUGCAUUCUCUCCCAUUUGAUGUUUUUGACUCUUGUGGCACAUUCCCACACCUGUAGCAGAAGUUGUAAGGGAGGGUUACUGGCGAAAGCAAGGCGUCUCCAAGUCUGUCGGUUUUCUGGCCACUUUGCAAGAGGAGUGUGAGUUACAUGAUGCACCCUUUGUGCGUUUUAAGUGUUUGUAGCAGUUUUGUUGUAAGGCAACUUUUGUACAACAUUAAGUAUGAGAACAUCAGCCCACAUAGUAUGAGGGCUCUAUGUGAUGGUUUCUUUGUCGGCAGUGUAGGGAAAGCCCGACUUGACAGGUAAUGUGAUGUGCCAGCCAGUGAGACAUAGAAUAUUACUCCAAGAAGACAGCGCUAGAUGUGCCCAUGUUAGUGAAAUUAAGAUGCCCAAACUUGUGCCUUACCGUUACGGUGCUUCAGUGUUUGUCAUGUUUUUCCUCAUUCAGACUUUUUUUUUUCACAUACGGGGUAGUGAAAGUUGUAAAAGGAAGUCAUUCAUUGUGUUUCCAUACCACAAUUGUAGUAGAGUGCACUUUAGCAUUCCUUCCUUAAGGCAGGAGGGGGGGGGGGGAUGCAGUGCAUAGCACUUGUCUUUCCUUGAAGUCGUGAGAUUAACAGCAUCUUUUCCUUUUGGUAAUGGCUAACAUUGAAACUGAGGUAGGGUCACAGCUAGUAAUGGAAGCUAACAAAAAUUUGGAGAUUUAAGAUUGCUGGUAAUGUUGUUGACAGCGUUUGUCCUUGAUGACUGCAAGCAUAUCGCUUACCCUUCGCUUUCAGUCUAGCCAAAUGUCACGUGCUCAAGGAAAAGCAGCCCUACUUAUUUCUGGGGCAAAGCACUGCUUGAAGACUGGAAGCUGAGCAUUGCACAGCCAUGACUCAGAGCAGCGAACAAGUGAACCUAAGUGAGCCAAUUGUCAACUACUACUAGUGCGAAAACAUAAAAAAAGCAAAAUUUUUGCAUUAUGUAUGCUACCAAUUUCUGGUUCAAAAUGUAGUUGUUUAAUGGAGUCUUACAAUAGCUUCAGUAAUUUACUGAUUUAGCUUUACACAAGGUCUGCUCUUCAUAUUGGAGGUUAGUGCAACAAGAACAUAGAAACCUGCACAGGCCAUUAUUUGACUGUAAGUAGCUCUAACAUUCUUUUUUUCAACUUUGAAGCGGAAAAGUAGCCAGUGCUACGUGUACCACAUACAUCUGUUGCUGAAAUAUUCACCUGCAGGUUCUCAUGCAAAAUUUAAGUUGCUGUGCGCACUUGAAUACUAAUGAAGUCUUGCACACAAGGGGCAGUGUUUACUCUUAUGGGAAGUUCAAGAUUAAAGUUACUUGUUAGAUUGUAUUUAGAUA